AUGGGUGCGGGUGGCAUUGGGUUUGACGUGUCCGAAUUCCUGGCCCAUGAUAUGUCGCACACCCGCGCCAGUGAAGACACUGCGAAGUUCUGGCAGGAGUGGGGCAUGGACAUUAACCUAGAACGCAGGGGAGGCAUCGAGGGGAUGGAAAAGCUCAUCCCGAAGCCACACAGAGAGAUAUACUUGUUACAGCGAAAGAAG